AUGAACCUUCAAAUGAAAUGUGAUUGUAUACAAAUAGUAUACGAAACUUGUUCAAAAGUGUACAUCAAAGUAUCGGAUUACGAAGAACUCUGCCAGUGCAUUGGCAACAAUUUGAAUUUAAAAAUUGAAGACUACAUCGGUAAAAUCGAACAAUCAAAACAAGAAUUAAACAAAAAAAAAUCUUCCGGUGAAAUAAUCUUGAAAGAACUAAAAAUUACAUUAACGGCUUUAGAGAAAUCAAAAGAAACUUGCAGAACUCGUGCUAACGAACAAGAAGCGUACAAAAGAGAACUAUUAUCUUCGAUAAAAGACUUGGAUGAAAACAUCGAGAAACUUACAAACAAGAUGAUUGCUGAAUUUAAUAAAGUUUUUAUUGGUAAUUACAUUAGUAAUCUUGUGGUGUAUGAAUUUAAUUCAGUACAAAGUGUGAAGUUACAAAUACCAAACAUUCUUUUCGAUGAGAUGACAAAAAAAAUAAGUGAAUUGGAGAUGGAAAAAAACGAACUGCAAUGUUUGGCCGAGGCGCGUGUUGACAUUCUAAAACAAGAAAGAAAAGAGAGAGAAAAAUGUCAAAUGAAUAUACUAAGUUUAGAAGUAGAUGAAAGACGGAAGUUAUUGGACUUAUUGAAUAACAGAAUAGAAAAUGCUAAGGUCAAGUUAUCAGACUGCAAAAACCUUUUCACCGAAGCCGUUCUCGUGGACAAUGGGUUAGAGAACUGCACAAAAGCGUUGUUGAACUGUUCGCGGAGUGUAAUGAUUGAAAACCAUGGGAAAACUCUAGUAAAACUAAUAGAGGAAGAACAGGAAGUAUCAUCGUCCAUCGUAAGAUAA